AUGUUGUCGAUGGUGUGUUCUACCCAUCUACUGCACAAGGAGUGGAAGGACCAGGUUCAAGUUUUGGCCGGUGACUUGGAAGACCCUAGUGACGAGACUGAUGAGAGCAGUAUAGGUGGUGGCCUGUGGAUGACGUCGGCCGCUGAUUCCUUCGCGAUGUGGCAUGGGGCGAAUGUAAGCAGUACAUUACCUGUGUACAUUCAAUUCAUGUUUGAUCAAGUAAUAAGUCGAUACUUUCGAUGCUCAUGGAAUGCUAAUGUUCUCUCUCUUGUGUCGAGAGUGAAGGGUGAGAAGCUUGGCGUUUUCACAGGCGCACGGUCCCCCACACUAACCCAAAAUCUAAGCGAAAGUCAUCGCACCUUCAGCGCCAGAAUUCGGUUUUCAACGACACGACAACACCACAAGCCUCGACGUCCCACAUCAAGAGUCGCAAUCAUGGCUGUCGGCAAGAACAAGCGUCUUUCAAAGGGCAAGAAGGGUCUUAAGAAGAAGACGGACACCUUCGCGAAGAAGGACUGGUACAAUGUCAAGGCACCCGGCACUUUCGCGAUCAGAGAUGUCGGCAAGACCCUCGUCAACCGCACCACCGGUCUCAAGAACGCCAACGAUGCGCUGAAGGGCAGGAUAUUCGAGGUCUCGCUCGCUGAUCUCCAGAAGGACGAGGACCACGCCUUCCGCAAGGUCAAGCUCCGCGUCGACGAGGUCCAGGGCAAGAACUGCCUGACCAACUUCCACGGCCUCGACUUCACCUCUGACAAGCUCCGCUCGCUCGUCCGCAAGUGGCAAACCCUCAUUGAGGCCAACGUUGUCGUCAAGACCACCGACGACUACCUCCUACGUCUCUUCGCCAUUGCCUUCACCAAGCGCCGACCAAACCAGAUCAAGAAGACCACAUAUGCCGCCUCGUCCCAGAUCAGGGCGAUCCGCAAGAAGAUGGUUGAGAUCAUGACCCGUGACGCCAGCUCGUGCACCCUCGCCCAGCUCACCCAGAAGCUCAUCCCCGAGGUCAUUGGCCGCGAGAUUGAGAAGUCCACCCAGGGCAUCUACCCUCUCCAGAACGUCCAUGUACGAAAGGUCAAGCUCCUCAAGGCACCCAAGUUCGACCUUGGUGCCCUUCUCGGUCUCCACGGCGAGUCAAGCGCCGAUGACUCUGGUCAGAAGGUCGAGCGUGAGUUCAAGGAGACCGUCCUUGCGGAAGUAUAA